AUGCUUUCCCAGCCAUUCCUCCGGCACAGCGAUCCGGCGCCAAAGGCCGUCACGACCAAAGUCAAGAAGAAGGCGCAGAUAUCCCCGGCGCAUCAAGCCAAGAUCGCGGUGGUGAAAUUGAACAAGACCAAGGAGUUUGCAGAUGACUCCUCGUCCGAGGAGGGAGAGGAGCAACCGGACAAGCUCCAGGAGCGCAUGGAAUGGUCGCUCCAUGACGAUAUGGGGCUGGAGCUGGAAGACGAUACCGAGCCAUCGGUUGAGCAGAAGGCAUCCAGAAAGACGCGGAUCCAGAACGAGAGCGACGGACGAGCACCGAUUCAGAAGCCCGGCCAUGGUGGCCGUACCAGCGAGCCGUUCGACUGGGGUGCAUACAAGAAGCUCAGGGAUGCAAAACAGGCUGAUGCCGCUCCCUCUGUCGAGGGUCAAAGUCAGGACGCCGAGUAUUCAGACGCUCGUGCGGAUUCUCGUGCUGGCGGCCAGGGCACCGCAGGCGCCGUCAAGAUGCUCGGUCCGCAAACCAAGAUCAUCGAGCUGUCGAAAAAGGCCCGAAAGCUCACCAUGGCCCUUGAGAAGGAGCGUGGCAUAAAUGCCUCGCUUGCUGCCAAACUGGAGGAAAUACAGCGGCAGCUGCAAGUGCAGAAAGAGGAAAAGAUACAGCUGUGCUCGGCCUCGAAUCUCGACCAGCUCCAUAUUGAGAUGAGAGGGGCCAAGGAGAAGCUGAGUCUGGCGACACGGAAGCUGGAGGAGGAGCGUAUCCAGAACCACAGCGCCAAGGCUGAAAUCCGCCAGCUCCAGAAGCUUCUGGCGCAGGAAAUUGGAGACGGCGUUCCGAUUUCCCAGCUCAUCGAAGGAAGUCCGUCAUGGAGAGGCCGGUCACAGCAGAUUGCACUGCUGAAAGAAAAGGUCCGGGAGCUCACCCAGACGCUGAGCAAUCAAGUGGUAGCACCUGGUUCCGGGGUCUCCCCAGCCGCACCGUCCUUGGGCAUCCUGCCUCCAGGGCCGCUGCCUCCCAGCAGGACCAUGUCGCGGCAGAGCUCAUUUUCCGAGUCGCCGAAUCUCGAUUCCCACGAUGCCAAGCACCGCAGCUCGAUCCGGAAACUGGAGAAGGGGCGAAAACAAGAGCACGAGAAGGCACUCGAGGAGCUCGAGAUGCUGCGUCGAGACCAGGCCGAUGCCAAAACAAAACAAAGUGCCCUGAUCUCGCGAAACAAGAUUCUCGAGCGCGACACCAAGGAUCUCAAAUCAAAGAUCGGGACGCUGCUCCAGAAAGCAUCCAGGGACGACCAGCUUAUCAAAACACUGCAAGACGAGCUCAAGAAGCUGAAGGAGCGACACUCCAAGAAAGACGACAAGCUUUACGACAAUCUGAGAAACAUCUGCAGCGAGCAGGAGUCGCAGAUCUCGGAGCACGAAAGAACGAUCGAGAGGCUGCAACGGGAGGUCUCGCAGAUAUCGCUGCGCUCGGUUUCGUCUGCCCAGCCAAACUCAAGCCCAUCGCAGUCGUCUCCACCGCUGUCGCUGCCAAGCUCUGGACCAGGCCAUGAUGUCGCCGUGAUGGGUCUUGACUCGACGAUCCGGAGCCUCAAGGUCGAGAAUGACAAACUACGCGAGCUUCGAUCGGUGCUCGAAGGCCGCAUCAACACCGUCGAGGGCAAGGCAGCCGAGCUGGCGAACGAACUGCGCCGAGAACGACGACGGAACGCAGCGGACACCAAGCGCCCGCCUCCAAGCGAGCCGCUGGCAGGCGAGAUCGACAAGCUGCGGGUCAAGCUCGAACUGGCCAAGGACGAAAUCGAGGCCCUCAAAGUCACCAACCAGCUCUCCCUGCAAAACAAAGAGAAAGACAUUGCGGCCUUUACCGAGAUCAUCGACCAAACGAGGGACACGUUCAAGCGCGACCUCGAGCGCAUGCAGCAGCUUCUGCGGAGCAAAUCUAGCGGCUGAUGAGUUGCACCGAGCCGAAAAGUCAGAUGCAGAGGACGACAGCUGUUAGUCUCGAUGGCGAUCGCAGUUUUCUGGCAGUAAAUAGAGUCGCGGCUGCAUCGGGGCCCGAUAUGCCGACAAUCGCGAAUAGCAUCAGAUAGUCCGGUUGCGUCUUGCAGGCAUUAGC